UCCCUCUUAGUCACAAAGAACCAAGCGAACUAUCUAGACAUCCAUUUCUUUUUACCAGAAUGGCUGGAUCAUGUAACUUUAAGAACUUGUGCCUUGGAGUUUUGUUAGUAAUUCUGAUAGUAUGGGCAAUAGUGGCUACCAUUUUUGCAGUAAAGAAAAAUAAUGAGAGUGAUUUACACUUCUCUAACUCCUCUGACUGGGAGAAGGCAAAAGUGGAAUUUCAGUUGGAGAUGAGCAGAGAAAACCAGACUAGACUACAGGCAAUGCUGGCUCAGCGUGAAAAAAACCUGAAGACAGUCAACUCAUCCCUCAUCAUGUGCCAGGAACAAAGGAUCGUUUUACACGACAAUCUCACUACACUGCAGAAUGAAAUCUUGACCUUUGCCAAAAUCACAGCAAAAGUAACUCAUAUGCAAGGUGAAAUUGAUUCACUGCAACAGACCUUGACACAAACAUCCCAGGAGUUGCAGAGUUCCAAAGACAAGUAUGCUGAGGCUGUGGCGAGCAAGGAAGCAGCUGGCAGAGAGAAACAACAACAAUGUGAGAAAAGCAAGGAUGAGCUGCAGCAGAACAUUCAGAAGCACCUCUCUAAGAUCAAGGCCCUAAAGGAGGAGCUGUCGGCACUCAGUGGGGUGAACAGACCUGUGCCCGUUCACACCAUCACUGCUCUCUACAUAGCAGCACUACUAUUGGCUCUGCCUGUGAAUAUGUAGUUGAAAGGAGUUUUGAAUCGGGAAUAUGAAGCACAGCAGAGCUGCAAGAGUCUUUGGGAAUCCUACAGUACUUGGAGAGGCAAUGAUUGUGAACACCUUGAACAAUUCAUUUCUGAAUCUGUCCAAACUAUGUACACAUACACUUUGUUAAUAAAACUGCUGGUGAAAAAAGAGAUAAACCCAAAAAACUGUUUUAUAUAGAGUUAGAAGACCAAGGGGUCUAUGUUAAUAAACAGUGAUGGAAGUAAAUACCGCCAGCCUUGUAGUUAACAAAAUGAUUCUGUCAGUCUUUCUGUUUUUCACUAACAUUAGUUAUGUAGGUCAGUGCAGUUUUAAAAGAAGCAAAAGAAUUAUUAAGCAAACAUGUAUUUUUUUUGUUUAAAAUAUGAUUUCUGGUAAUUAGGUUCUCAGUUUUUGUGUCUUCUGAGGGUGAGCUGAGUCUGGCUCUUUUGCAUAAUGGUUGAGAUGCUCAUCUGCUUUGUCAGGGGUCACAGGUUUGCGCCCAUCCUCCACCCUCUUGCUUGAGCAGUGUGUUCUGUGCCUACCUCCUUUGUCACUUGGGGAGCUAGUCACAUCUCCAUGUCUCUAGUGUAUGUAUCCCUGUGCUCUAUUCAGCUCUGUGUCUCUAGUGUACGUAUCUCUGUGCUCUAUUCAGCUCUUUGUCUCUAGUGUACGUAUCCCUGUGCUCUAUUCAGCUCUGUGUCUCUAGUGUACGUAUCCCUGUGCUCUAUUCAGCUCUGUGUCUCUAGUGUACGUAUCCCUGUGCUCUAUUCAGCUCUGUGUCUCUAGUGUACGUAUCCCUGUGCUCUAUUCAGCUCUGUGUCUCUAGUGUAUGUAUCCCUGUGCUCUAUUCAGCUCUGUGUCUCUAGUGUACGUAUCCCUGUGCUCUAUUCAGCUGUGUCUCUAGUGUACGUAUCCCUGUGCUCUAUUCAGCUCUGUGUCUCUAGUGUACGUAUCCCUGUGCUCUAUUCAGCUGUGUCUCUAGUGUACGUAUCCCUGUGCUCUAUUCAGCUGUGUCUCUAGUGUACGUAUCCCUGUGCUCUAUUCAGCUCUGUGUCUCUAGUGUACGUAUCCCUGUGCUCUAUUCAGCUGUGUCUCUAGUGUACGUAUCCCUGUGUUCUAUUCAGCUGUGUCUCUAGUGUAUGUAUCCCUGUGCUCUAUUCAGCUCUGUGUCUCUAGUGUAUGUAUCCCUGUGCUCUAUUCAGCUCUGUGUCUCUAGUGUAUGUAUCCCUGUGCUCUAUUCAGCUCUGUGUCUCUAGUGUACGUAUCCCUGUGCUCUAUUCAGCUCUGUGUCUCUAGUGUACGUAUCCCUGUGCUCUAUUCAGCUCUGUGUCUCUAGUGUAUGUAUCCCUGUGCUCUAUUCAGCUCUGUGUCUCUAGUGUACGUAUCCCUGUGCUCUAUUCAGCUCUUUGUCUCUAGUGUACGUAUCCCUGUGCUCUAUUCAGCUGUGUCUCUAGUGUAUGUAUCCCUGUGCUCUAUUCAGCUCUGUGUCUCUAGUGUACGUAUCCCUGUGCUCUAUUCAGCUCUGUGUCUCUAGUGUACGUAUCCCUGUGCUCUAUUCAGCUCUGUGUCUCUAGUGUACGUAUCCCUGUGCUCUAUUCAGCUGUGUCUCUAGUGUACGUAUCCCUGUGCUCUAUUCAGCUCUGUGUCUCUAGUGUAUGUAUCCCUGUGCUCUAUUCAGCUCUGUGUCUCUAGUGUACGUAUCCCUGUGCUCUAUUCAGCUCUGUGUCUCUAGUGUACGUAUCCCUGUGCUCUAUUCAGCUGUGUCUCUAGUGUACGUAUCCCUGUGCUCUAUUCAGCUCUGUGUCUCUAGUGUAUGUAUCCCUGUGCUCUAUUCAGCUGUGUCUCUAGUGUACGUAUCCCUGUGCUCUAUUCAGCUGUGUCACUUAUGCAGUCUUUUUCCGAUGCAAAGAAAGUAGUCCAUGCCUUUAUUUCUUCGAGAUCGGACUACUGUAAUGCUCUGUUUGCUGGACUUAGAUGCCAAGCCAUAUCACGACUACAGCUUGUGCAAAAUGCAGCUGCAAGGGUCCUCACCAAUACAAAAAAGAGAGCUCAUAUAACUCUGGCUUCUUUGCACUGGCUCCCAGUAAUAUAUAGAAUUGAUUUUGAAGUCCUUUUGCUCACCUUUAAAGCACUGAAUAGUUUGGCACCUGAUUACUUGCCUGAGUUGUUGUCCCCCUCUCAGCCUCAGCGUGUGCUGAGGUCAAUGGAUAGUGGUCUUCUCUCUGUUCCAAGGGCUAGGAUCACAAGGAAAGGAGAGGCUGCUUUCUGUGUUCGGGCUCCGCAUCUGUGGAAUUCUCUGCCUAAUCAUGUUAGAAGUUCAUCCUCAGUGGCUAUUUUUAAAUCAAGGCUUAAGACCUAUUUUUAUAAUUUGGCCUACAUAUAUAUAAUUUUACCUAUCUUUUUAUAUUACAUUGUCUUUUAUUUUGUUAUUCUUUUUACAAUAUUAUUUGUAAUUACUACUUUUUUUGUAGGUCUGUGUGAAGCACCUUGAACCUCUUGGUAUGAAAGACACUCAACAAAUAAAGUUUAUUAUUAUUA